CGCGCGGUAGAGCUAGCUACGGAGAAAGGAGCCUCGAAUUGGUUGACGGUGAUCCCGAUAAAGGAGAUGAAUUUUAACUUGAGCAAAAGAGAAUUCAGAGAUGCAAUCAAACUAAGAUAUGACUGGGAGAUCGCUGACCUACCGGCCAUGUGCACUUGUGGCGACUUAUUUACCGUUGACCAUGCUAUGGUCUGCCGGCAUGGGGGGCUGAUCAUUCAGAGGCACAAUGAGAUUAGGGACCUCGAAGAGGAAAUGUUGCGCAUCGUUUGCACCGACGUAGAGACAGAGCCAGUCCUUCAGGAGAUCACUGGAGAAGAGCUAAAUAGAGGCGCAAACAAAGCGCCGGAUGCCCGACUAGCUCACAGCAUGAAAAUGGAGAUUUACGCAAAAUUAAAGUUUGCGUAAACCUGCGUAAAGUUGGUCAUCCAACUUUACGCAAACUUUCCACGGCGCGUAAAGGUUUGUAAAGGUAAAUUUACGCGCUCGGCUCUUAAAUGUUUCGUAAAGUUAGCAUAAAGUUGUUGUAACAGCUUUACGCUCAUUUACGCUACAAGUAAAGGUUUAGUAAGGUUGUUAUAUAAUGCUAGCUUAAUUCCUAACAGCAAUUUAUUCCCGGCACUGUUUUUAGUAAGUCGUUUGUGUCCUGAUACUAGUUCGCAUAGUUUUUUUUGAUCACUCAUUUGGUGUGCGAUGUUGGUGUGCGAUGUAAACAAGCCAACCACGCAAAUUUUUUUUGGUGGUGCGAACGACUUCGUACACGCUUAAAAAUGACGCUGAAAAGAAAAUUCUGCUGGCAGAGUUCAUGCAAAGAUAUAGCUUGCGACUGUGCGGCAAUUUUCGAAAAACGGCAUAUCUGUCGCGGCAAACAAAAUAGCCUUCAAUACUCAGUAGUAUUCCCUCAUUGAUUUCAGUCAGUAUAAGGUGUUUCUUCCUUAACGGUCACCUCUCUACACGGGCCAUUUUUGUUUUGUUGUUUUUUUUUUCGGCGGACGGUCCAUACAUGACAUACAUUUACUCUUCUUUCAACCUCUCUACUAUGGCCACUUUCUUCGAUGUCCCUAAGGUGGCCGUUGUAGAGAGUUUCAACUGUAAUUUGAUCAAAUUGAAAUAAUUGGAAAAUAAAGAAAAAAUAUCGCCUCGCAAAAACGGCGAGUCUUACUUAAAGAAAGAACGCAUUACUUAAAGAGAAAGAACGCAUGCACAAAUUACUGUGACAAUUUUACAUUCAACGGAGUACUGGCUUCAUCGUUGAACCUCCUUUAUCGCUUCCUUAUUUUAAGUCCGCGGACUUCAGGUUUGGGAACGGACAAUUUGUUAAAAGAAAGGGGCCUGGAAACACUAGAGUGAAGGGACACCUGGUCAGCGGGCUUGUUCCUUUGCACAUGCUCAAUCAGGUUCGUUGAUUUGGCGUCCAUUUUGAAAGUGUCCAACGGUUUCAAACUUGCUUCUUUGAAAGGUUGGAGAUCGUUCGUAUAUUAUGCUUCUUGAUAGCAUCACGAGACAUCUUAAGGUUGUUACAAUUUAUAAUGGCACUAUCAGCCUUUAGUAAUCGAUCACCUCUCAAGUGUGCAGCAACCCUUUCGGGACGAGAUACUCAGUCAGAAAUGGAGGCAGAAACAUCGUGUGAUCAAAGCACAAGCAUUAACACUGGAAUGUUCACAACACAGACCAAGACUGUAUUACACGUAUUACUAAGGCUCUUCGAUACUCAAGAUCUCGCUGAAAAGAGCAGAUAGUAAGGCAAGGUAAGUUGUCCUGGCUCGCCUUUUCUCUAACUUUUUAAGCUUAAUUCCAACUUGUUUAUGACGAGUUCGAAUGACUGUCUCAAGUACUCAGUAACUAACAUUUCAGUGAGCAAUGAAACCAGCAUUAACCGUUUAAAGUAAAUUAUAACUAAACAUGUGUAUUUAUUUGGCAUAACCUUUCAAUACUAAGCAAGCAACGAGACCAUGACGUUGAAGAUGAUAAUGUAAAAUCAUGUAAGGACUUGGGGGGUCUGAAGGAGUAGAAUUUCCUUGUUUUGUACUGGAAAAUAGGAGUUUGGUCACUGGUACUGGGAAUUACUAAAAGAAAAUAAUGGAAUUAAGAAAGGACAUCUGUAUAAAGUAAGCUUACAUGUAAUGUGAUACAAACAUUCCUAUGAAAAUUUUCACAGACUAUAGAAGAACUAAUAAACAGAAUAGAAAAGUGUUAACAAGUGUUGAAUUUGCAAGUAGACAAAGAUAAUCUACGUAGUCUGGUUCUAUAUUUUGAUGCGUCAGUCAAUAACAAACCCAAGCUUCCCAAUUCCCCGGGCAGUCAUAGCGUCAUAAGUGGUGAAUAAUUUAACAGCAUGCAUGUAUUUUUUGAAGCAGAUACAAAAGUUUAUUUUUUAUUUUAAAUUACGUGGGUUUUAACUUAAAUGAACAGAGAAUGAAUAGACAUUUUCAUGAGUCUUUCAAUGCAUAGCUAAUGCAGACCAUGGUUGAAUUAGAAUGUAUUUUCAUGUAAGUGCCAACAUAGUUGUUAACAUCUUCACAGUUUCAUACCUUCAUCUGCAGUUCAAAGUAUGAUUCAUUUCAUAUAUUACCAUUAAUUUUAAUCUUCAUUGUGCACUGCUCCUAUGAAAUUUUAUUGUGGUUCUUGAGAGGAUAUAGUGCAGCACAUACUGUCAGGAAAUUGAAUGCCUUACUUUUUGGGAAGCAAAGCACACAGUCAUGUUAGAAACCAGAAAUUGUUCUAUUUGCACCAUAGUUGUAUUGUCAGUAAAUCUAGGUUUAAAGGAAAAUAAAAUUUAAAGAAACAAGUUGUGAAAGAUAAGACUGUUAAGAGAGUCAUAACAGUCAUAGCUGUUUUGGAUUCUCUUGUCUACAUACACCAUUAUUAAUCUGCAAAUACAACUGUCUCUCUUGUGAAAUGUCCCUCGUGGCAAGGAAAGAAAAUGGGCUGCUUUAUUUACAGGGUACACUGUACAUUAUUAUUAGGAGGCAUUGUUUUCAAGAUUGAGGAUAAGGGCUUUAAAUAGCAAAGUGGCUUCACUCCUGUUACAUUAACUAGGAACCUUGAACGUUUCGUAUUAAAAAGGAAAAAAUAUGUUAGGUAAAGUUUCAGGAAAAUUUGAAACUUUUGGGAAUAAGGUGCUUAUAUGUUUCUAUAUUUUCCCUGAAAGUCUUUGGUGGAGCUCAUGAGAAGGCUAGGGAUGUUUAUUGAUUUGGAACUUUAGUCCGGGACAGGUAGAAAUUUAGUUCAAACAUGUAAACCUUUGAUAUGACUUGUCCGUGGGACAAGCACAUUUUUAAUUAGAAAAAUAAAGAUAAGAAACAAUAUUCCAUUUAACUUUGCCAUUCCACUGCCAGUCGUUCAUCCAUUUGCUUUUUAACAAGCUCUGUUGUAGGUUUAAUUCAAAAAUAAUAUACAAGGGUAAUAAUGUGAUUAAAUAAUGUGAUUAAAAACAUUAAAUGCCCGUUGCAAGCUAAACUUUUUGGACAAGAACUCUAGGUUUCGGACAACCAAAUUUAAUGUAUUGCUUGUGUGAAGGACAAGUGGAUAGGAAAAUUUCUCUCUUACCAGGGUGCAAAGAAGGUGAUUUUUAAAGCUUGCCAUUCGGCAAGCUGAAGCUAGCAUAUACUAGCCCAAAUGUCAUUUCAACUAGCCCCAAACAGUUUUGAUGAGCAGAAUCGAUUUCACAGUUCUUCGUUAAUUUGAAUUCCUCAAAAAUUUCACUUGCCCAUCGGGCAAGUUAAGUUCAAAAUUCACUAGCUCGAUAGCAAAAUCCACUAGCCCGGGCUAUCGGACACUACUUUCUUUUGCGCACUGCUUACUCUCUAAUAAUAAUAAUAAUGUACAUCCAGUGGUUUUCAUAGCACUUUACAACGAUAUUAAUGGAUGAUACUUUUAUAAAAAUGCAUACAUUAAAAUAAAAAAAGAUAUACAUUGUAAAACAUUGAACUCUAAUAAUAUAAUAAACCAUUGUUAAUAAAUUUAACAUAUAUAUAUGCUUCAGUCUCCCCAACUAGUAAGGCACUGUGCCUGUGUUAUAAGACAUGAGACUUUAAUAAAGUUCAUUACUAUUAAUAUUAUUAUUAUUAUUGUUAUUAUUAUUAUUAUUAUUAUAGGGUUUCCAUGUAGCAUUUUACCCUGAUUUUCACUCAACUGCAAGUAGGGUUCUGAAUGUAAAUAUUAUUGCCUUUAAGGAAAGCCUUUAACUCACACUAGUCAAACAUUUUGAAUCUUUAACAGUCAGAUGAAUCUUAUUCAGUUGUGUGAAUUUGUGGACAUUGAAAUCAUUUGCUACUCAGGUUUUGCACUGUUAUUAGACCACUUGUGGAAAAUGCCUUAUCAUUUUUUUCAAAUUUUUAGUCUUGUUUUGUGAAAAGAGGCAUGUGGGGAACCCUGUGUCAAGUAAAAUUGUGCUGAUUGUAGUAAUUUGGCCAUGAGUGUAGGAAAAAAUAUUAUUAAUUAGUAAUAGCAGGCGGUGUCCUCUGGCAACUUAGGGGGUGUUUACAUGACACCAGGGCAACUUUUGCCCCGGAGCGAGUUCACUCCGGUUCCCUCUCAUAGCUCUAUAUUUGUUUACAUGAUACCACCACAAAAUGUCAUGCAGGCGCGAGUCACCCCAGCGUGAGUUCACCCCGGUUCUUGUAACGGGGCAAGAAUUUCACUCUGGUACAAAAUCUCAUGGCAGUAUCAUGUAAAUGCGAAACGACCACCCAUUUCGGCAUGAAAUCGGUCUGCCGGUAGACUGGAAUGGGUAGUGCACACGUAAUGUUUGCUAUUUUGUAUCACACUUGUAUUUUAUCAACAUAAAGUGCACCUUCAAGUAACGAGAUAUGAAAUGACUCAGUCAUAAUGUAAACCCGAUACAAAAUCAAAAAGUCAUCCCAGUAUGAGACUCGCGCCGGUGUGAGUUUUCUCAUGUAAACACCCCCUUACUGUACAUGUACUUGUGCCUUUAGUGCACGAUUAAGUGUAUUAUCACUAGCCUACAAAUAAUCUGUGUAGUUUACUCAAAUAAUACUUGC